AUGAAGUUAUUAUCAAUUGCAUUAUGUUCAUCAGUAACUUUAGCAUUAGGAUCAUUUGAUUUUUCAAAUUCAAGUUCUGUAUCUAUACUUCCAGCAUCAACAGGUAUUGCUUGGACUAAUUCAACUUCAUCAUCAAUUACUUCUGAUAAGAAUGGUGAAGGUAUCAGUACUUCAACUGCAACUAACUCAAAAGGUGAAGAGGAGAGUAUCACUGUAAUUUCUGGUGCUACUAUUACUACACCAGCUCCAGUUAGUACUGGUAUUGUUGCUCCAGGAGAAGGUGAAGGGUCAGGUGAAGGAUCAGGUAAUGGAUCAGGUAAUGGAUCAGGUAAUGGUGAAGGUAAUGGACAAGGUAAUGAUUCAGGUAAUGAUUCAGGAAAUGGUUCAGGUAAUGGAUCAGGUAAUGGUGAAAAUUUAGGUUCAAAUGGUGAAGGUUCAGGUUCAGGUACUUUAGAAACAAUCAAAGAUAUUCAAAAAACUACAGUCACAAUUUCAUCAUGUAAAGGUGGUGUUUGUACAGCUGCUUCAACAUUUACUACGGGCCUCAAGACAAUAACUCAAGAUGAAACAGUUUAUACAACAUUUUGUCCUUUAACAGCAACUGAAUCAUCAUCAAAAGAAGCUGGAUAUGAUAAAGUUAUAUCUACAACUUUAAUUACAAUAACUUCAUGUCAUGAAAAUAAAUGUAAAGCUGUUUCAACUUAUGCUACGGGAUUAACAACAAUCGUUGAAGAAGAUACAAGUUAUGUUACAUAUUGUCCAUUAACUUCAGCUGAAGCUGAAGCUACUAUUGAAACUAAUUAUGUUGCUACUACUACCGCUGCCGCUGCUAAUAAUGAUUAUGUUUCAACUACUGUUGUUUAUACUUCAACAUUAAAUGCUCAUUCAUCUUGGGAAGCUGCUAGUUGGACUACUGGCUAUAAAGUUGUUGAAUCAGAAGGUAUUUCAUAUACUACUUAUUGUCCAUUAACUACUAAUGCUGCUGCUGCUACAACUAAUAUUGCAGUUGGCUCAAAUCCAUCAACUACUAUAAAAGGUCAAAUUAUUGCUCAAUCUAGUUCACAAGCUAUUGUUGGAUCAAUUUCAACUUAUGAAGGUUCUGCAAAUGGUAAUAGUAUUGAAUUUAUUUCAUUAUUAGCUGGAUUUUUCGCUAUUAUUGGUUUCUUCUUUUAA